AUGGGUUGUGGAAUGAGCACCGAGGAGAAGGAGGGGAAGGCGAGGAACGAGGAGAUUGAGAACCAGCUGAAGCGGGACAAGAUGCUGCAAAGAAACGAGAUCAAGAUGCUUUUGCUGGGCGCUGGAGAGUCCGGAAAAUCUACGAUUCUGAAGCAGAUGAAGUUGAUUCACGAGGGAGGCUACUCGCGCGACGAGCGGGAGUCGUUCAAGGAGAUCAUCUUCAGCAAUACCGUCCAAUCCAUGCGCGUGAUCUUGGAGGCCAUGGAGUCGUUGGAGCUUCCCCUGGAUGACCAGCGCGCCGAGUACCACGUCCAGACCAUCUUCAUGCAACCACAACAGAUUGAGGGUGACAACCUUCCCCCUGAGGUUGGCGCUGCCAUUGGCGCGUUGUGGAAGGAUGCCGGUGUUCAAGACUGCUUCAAGCGAUCAAGAGAGUAUCAGUUGAACGAUUCUGCCAAGUACUACUUCGACAACAUUGAACGCAUCUCCCUCCCCGACUACAUGCCCAACGAUCAGGAUGUCCUCCGCUCGCGUGUCAAGACCACCGGUAUCACCGAGACAACCUUCAUCAUUGGAGACCUGACCUACAGAAUGUUCGACGUCGGAGGUCAACGAUCAGAGCGGAAGAAGUGGAUCCACUGCUUCGAGAACGUCACCACCAUCCUGUUCCUGGUUGCCAUAUCUGAGUACGACCAACUGCUCUUCGAGGACGAGACGGUCAACCGCAUGCAAGAAGCUCUCACCCUCUUCGACUCGAUCUGCAACUCCCGUUGGUUCAUCAAAACUUCUAUCAUCCUGUUCUUGAACAAGAUCGAUCGUUUCAAGGAGAAGCUCCCCCUGAGCCCAAUGAAGAACUACUUUCCCGACUAUGAGGGCGGCAAUGAUUACAACUCGGCUUGUGACUACAUUCUGAACAGAUUUGUCAGUCUCAACCAACAUGAGACGAAGCAAAUCUACACCCACUUCACCUGUGCCACCGAUACUACCCAGAUCCGCUUCGUCAUGGCAGCCGUCAAUGAUAUCAUCAUUCAGGAGAACCUCCGUCUUUGCGGCCUCAUUUAG